AUGGCAGCAAUGGUGGAGAAGUGGGCAGGGUUGGGUUCGGCCAUGGCGAGCAUCAUCUUCCUGUGGUCCAUGGUGCAGAACCACGUCCCGGUUACCCUCCGCCUCUUCCUCACCACCUGGGCCGCCAAGCUCGCCGCCUGCUUCAGCCCCUACCUCCAGAUCACCAUCUUGGAGAACAGCGCCGAGCGCUUUCAGCAAAGCGAGUUCUUCUACGCCGUCAAGGCCUACCUCAGCGACGCGUGCUCCCGCCGCGCCCGUAGACUCAAGGCCGAGCUCAGGAGUGACAGCAGUAACUUGCAGGUCUCCGUGGACGACCAUGAGGAGGUCACCGAUGAGUUCUCUGGUGUGACGCUCUGGUGCUAUGCCUCCAAGAAGCAUUCCAAGGGGAAUGUCAUCAGCUUCUACCCUGGCGAGGACGAGAGACGCUUCCACCAGGUCGUCUUCCACAGAAGCCACCGUGACCUCGUCGUCGACUCCUAUCUGCCCUUUGUCCUUGCCGAGGGCUGCGCCGUCAUCGUCAAGAGCCGCCAGCACCGCCUCUUCACCAACUGCGGUGGUAGACGGAGGCGCUACCUUCGCAAUAGCGUCUGGGACUAUGUUAAGUUUGAACACCCGGCCACGUUCGACACGCUUGCCAUGGACACUGACCAAAAGGAGGCAAUCAUGGACGAUCUCAUCGCGUUUCCAGUAGACCAGUAGACCAGCCCGUCGUUAACGGCGCGUGCGCCAUGGCUCGCUUCCACACCACCAGCGGCAGGCCAAAGAGAGCCAGCUGGGGCGAGCCCCACGCCGCCGAGCAGGUGGUGCCCUGCCGUGGGCGGGAGCCGUUGGUUCGCCAAGUUCUGCAGCGGGGCGGCGUCUCCGGCCACCGGUGCGAAGUUCCACGGCGAGGACGGCGUCUUCGGCCACCAGC